GAUUCACUGCAGAGCUAAGCGUCGUCCAGUCACCUUAGCGCUCCCGGAAAGAGGGCCUCGUUUCAUGCUGUGAGGGAAAAGUCGCGUGUGGUAUUAUUGGUGAUUAUAGCGGCAACGAGAAAGAGGCGGGCGGCCUGACAACCUUCCGUUACCCUCACGACUGCAUCGGUCUGUGAGGGACUCGCUAUGCCGCUCCCCGUUGCGCUGCAGACCCGCUUGGCCAAGAGAGGCAUCCUCAAACAUCUGGAGCCCGAACCAGAGGAAGAGAUCAUUGCUGAGGACUAUGACGAUGACCCUGUAGACUAUGAGGCCACUCGGUUGGAGGGCCUGCCACCAAGCUGGUACAAGGUGUUCGACCCUUCCUGCGGGCUCCCUUACUACUGGAAUGCAGACACAGACCUCGUGUCCUGGCUCUCCCCACAUGACCCCAACUCCGUCGUUACCAAAUCUGCCAAGAAACUCAGGAGCAAUAAUGCAGAUGCUGAGGAGAAGUUGGACCGGAGCCACGAGAAGUUGGACAGGGGCCAUGAGAAGUCUGACCGGAGCCACGAGAAGCCAGACCGGAGCCACGAGAAGUCAGACCGGAACCAUGACAAGUCUGACAGAGAUCGAGAGCGUGGCUAUGACAAAGUGGACAGAGAGCGAGAGCGGGACCGGGAAAGGGACCGUGACCGUGGGUAUGACAAGGCAGACCGAGAAGAGGGCAAAGAACGACGCCACCAUCGCCGCGAGGAGCUGGCCCCCUACCCCAAGAGCAAGAAGGCGGCGAGCCGAAAGGAUGAAGAGCUAGACCCCAUGGACCCCAGCUCGUACUCAGACGCCCCCCGGGGCACAUGGUCAACAGGACUCCCCAAGCGGAAUGAAGCCAAGACAGGCGCUGACACGACAGCAGCUGGACCCCUCUUCCAGCAGCGCCCAUACCCCUCCCCGGGGGCUGUGCUUCGCGCCAACGCCGAGGCCUCACGAACCAAACAGCAGGACUGAACCUGACUCUGAGCCCUGCAGGCUGGCUUCUCUGCCUCCCUUUUGUUUUCCCCCUUCCUGAAUGGCAGGAUAGAACCCGAAGCUUCGUGCAUGCUAAGCAGGUGCUCCACCACUGAGCGGCACCCCGACUCCCCUGCUGCUUCCAAUAAAGCUUUUCUGUGAUCAUA